GAAUGAAAUAAAAACGAGAGAAUGAGAGAAAACAAAAAGGCAUAACAGAAUUUCCAUCAGAGUAAGCAAAAAAAUUACUAAAUCCCCAAAUUACGACGCACGUUGAGUUCUCAACAUAUAAAAACCCAACAGCCGAUCCCACUCCCUCCACCCAUCAUCAUCUCCUCCUCCUCGACGUCCUCCGCCGCCGUGGGCAAUGGCGAUCUCUAAGCAAACAUCCGGCGAGCUCAAAUCACGCGUCAACAGCUGCAUCAACAAGCUCUCCGACAGAGACACGCAGUCCAUGGCCGCCAACGAGCUCGAAGCCAUAGCCCGAACUCUCCCAAAUGACGCUUUUGCCCCUUUCUUAAACUGCCUCUCCGCCACGGAUUCGUCGGAGAAGUCGCCUGUCCGCCGCCAGUGCGUCCGCCUCAUCAGCGUACUCUCCGCCGCCCACGGCGACGCUCUCUCCCCGCACGUCUCCAAAAUGAUCUCCGCCGUUCUCCGCCGCCUACGCGACCCCGACUCAGCCGUCCGGGCGGCUUGCGUCGACGCCGUCGCGUCCGUCGCCGCGCACGUGAGCUCGCCGCAGCUCUUCGCCGUGAUCCUGAAGCCGCUGGCGGACACGCUCUUCCACGAGCAGGAUUCGAAGCCACAGAUCGGGGCCGCGCUCUGCCUCGCCGCGGCGGUGGGGGCGGCGCCGGAGCCCGACGCGGCGGAGCUGAGGAGGCUGCUGCCGAGGGUUCUGAAAUUUGUCAGGAGCGACGGUUGCAAGGCGAGGCCUGCUUUGCUCUCGCUGGUUGGUAGUAUCGUUAGCACUGAUUGCGUUAAGAGUAAGAGUUUGUUGAGUUCUACAGUUUCGACGGCGGUCGAUUUCUUGAGCAGCGACGAUUGGGCGGCGCGGAAGGAAGCAGCGGAGGUUUUGGAGAAGGCGGCGUUGGCUGACGGUAGUUUGUCGGCGCAAUUUAAGGAUUCUUGCGUUGCUGCUUUAGAGAACAGGAGAUUCGACAAGGUGAAGCUUGUUAGGGAGAUGAUGAAUAGAGCAUUGGAAAAAUGGAAAGAUCUUCCCGGGCAGUCUGAACGCCUCCCCUCGCCAAAUGUUCAAUCAGAUACUAGCAGUGCUGGUUACUCCCCUCUGCAACGGAGUCCUUGCUCAGAAACUCCUCAACUGAGAAAAAUGUAUCCACCAAGGUCGCCUGCGUCUAGUUGCUCGUCGUCAACUAGCAGCAGCCGGAGGAGUGUUCUGGGAAACGAGGACACCAAACCUCACAUUCCCACUGCUGGCAACAAGCUCAACCUGAAGAAGAACACCCGUUCUCGGGUGGUUCCUUUCAACUAUGGCGACAAUUCAGACGAGAACAACGCUAUCAAAGAAGACUUUGAGGAUGAGAAGGAGUUCGAGGACAUGUCUCUAAUCCGCAGGCAGCUGCAGCAGAUCGAAAACCAGCAAUCAAACUUGUUGGACCUUCUUCAGAGGUUCAUUGGGAACUCUCAGAAGGGCAUGAGCUCGUUGGAGAAGCGAGUGGACGGCUUGGAGAAGGUGCUGGACGUGAUGUCACAGGAUUUCACUCUCCCAACACGAAGGGUCUCAACAAUGAGUGAGGCGUUGGGGAACACGUGCUGUAUGAUACCGGGAGCAGAGUUUCUGAGUCCCAAGUUCUGGAGGAGAGCAGAAUCUGUUAGUUUGAAGUUGGGCUCGGGCUCGUCUUUCAGCAGCAGCCAUGGAAUGGUGCACAAGGAUGCUGCAAGUGUUGAGAUCUCGAGGCUUAAUAGCCCAAGAAAGUGAUGGAGAGCGAUGCUCGUAUAUUCAUAUCAUUAAUUCUUUUGUUUUAGCUUGAGCUAGAUCUGUUUGAGUUAUAUCAGCCUUGUACAUAAACAGAUUUUUCUGUAGCAACAAGAGAUGAGGCCAUGAAAAUGUUGCAGCAUUCCAUCUCCAGUUGCUCUGCUGUUUCUUGUUUUUUCAUCUUUGCCUUGUUGAGAAUUUGGUUGGUUGGUUUAAGCCCUCUUUUGAAGGGCCUUUUACUACAGAUGAAUAUGAUGAAUGCAAUCUGUAGAAUCAAA